AUCCCAUUGUAUAUGCCUCGAGACUUCUACGUGAAACCUCAGUUUCUCGAUUACUUGAAUGAAUAUUUGGAUGAAAUAGUAGACGCGGCGGUUCAAUUCGGUCUCGAAAUAAAAUCAACAGCAACUCGCGAAGCUAUUUUUAAGGAUGCUGUGAAAGUGGCUAGACUUGAACUGAAACUGGCACUAGCAUCAGUCCCGUCAGCAUUACUUCGGAAUUACGAAGAGAAAUCCAAUUCGUACAACAUAGAACAACUCAAGGCUGCGUAUCCGUCGAUCGGUUGGGAAGCAUACCUCGGCGCUCUCUUGCAGCGGGAGAACUUGGCAAUUUUACAAAAGCAUGGAGGAGAUCAUUACGCGAAACUGUUCGAAUUCUUGCAACGCGUAAAAUCAGAUCGAAAAAGACACCGUAGUUCAGCGAGUGUAUCAGGCGCUGCCCUUCACUGUGUGAAUUUAGUGAUAAACUUCAUGCCUAUGGCCACGGGUUUGCUCAUUCACCAAGAAUUGCUUCAUAACUAUUGUUCAACUGUAUCAUGGAAAUUUUUAGGAUACACCUACAUCAAGGGUAUCGAUGCGACUUUAAGAGAUAAUACACGCGAAGAUGUUAGCAACAUGACCAGUCGUGUAAUUGAACAAUUCCUUGCAAUGAUUUCUACUCUGCCAUGGCUCACGGAAGCAUCGCUUGGUGCUGCAAAGCGAAAAGCAAAUGGCCUUAUAAAAAACAUUGGCUGGCCUGAUUGGUUCGAUUUCACCAAUACACUGAAAAUUGACGAAUAUCACAAAAAUUAUGUACAAAUAUUGGAACUGGAUGAUUCGUGGGAUAUCUUGAAUGCGUUGAAAUAUUCAUCACAAUUAACCGAAAACUUUGGUUCUCUUACAAAGAAACCAGACAGAAGAAGCUUUCAAGGAUCGCCAGCUGUUGUGAACGCAUGGUAUAUACCUGAACGUAACUCAAUAACCAUUCCAUUCGCCAUACUGAAUCCACCCUUCUAUCGGCAUGACUUUCCGGAAGCAUACAAAUACGGUGGUGAAGGAGCCAUAGUAGGACACGAAUUAACUCAUGGCUAUGAUGAUGAAGGUGUGCAAUUCGGUCCAGAUGGUGCACUGUCCUCAUGUUCGUGGAAUUAUUGUGGAUGGAUGGAUGAUCAUUCAAAGGUCGGUUUUAUCAAGAUGGCACAAUGCGUUGUUUCACAAUAUUCCGAGCAAUGUUGCCCGCUGAAAACGGGUAAUGUUCAUUGUGCAAGUGGUGAGCGAACUCAGGGAGAGAAUAUCGCUGAUAUCGGAGGGCGACUGGCAGCCUAUAAAGCGUACCGUGAUUACGUUGCUGUUGAUAGAGAAGGUAUAGAGGAGGACAGACUGCCAGGCUUAGAGGAGUUCACACCCAAUCAAAUAUUUUGGAUUAUGCUCGGUCGUGUGUGGUGCAAAAAAACAUAUGAUGAAGGGGAGCGAAUUUCGCUUAUGACGGAUCCACAUCCACCGAGAGUUUGUCGUGUGAACCAGGUGGUGCAAGACAUACCAGAAUUUGGAAAGGAUUUCAACUGUCCUUACGGUGCGCCUAUGUAUCCCCGGGACACUCAGCGAUGCCAAGUUUGGACUGGACAACGAACGAUAUGUGUGUUGGUGGCUGUAGCACUUGGAAUUGCUAGUCUUGUCCUGAACAUAAUCAUUCUAACCAAAGAAAAUGCUCGGCAAUCCGAAACGACAUCAGCAUCCGAUAGAGUACCCGGCAAGCCGACCCCUGUACCAACAAUUUCCACAUCACCAGGUUUCAAGCAAAAGCCACGUGUGAACGGACCAAAACGAACAACGGGAGUGUUUGGGCGAAGUUCUGAGCAACAACCAUUUGACAAUGGUGCGGCUGCAGCAGAUCUUCUUCUGAAAGGGUUGGAUCUCAGCUAUGAUCCAUGCAAAGAUUUUUACAUGUUCACGUGCAAUAAAUAUUUGCAAACCGUUCAACUACCCAAGGGCAGGGGCCGUGUUGGAACGUACGCUGAAACUCAAAUUCAAGUGAAUAACGCAAUCGCUACAACUCUCGAUACUGCGAAAACACUCCAAUCAAAAACUGAACAAAUCAUGCAGAAGGUAUUUAAAUCAUGCAUGAGUUGGCAUGGCCAGGGAAAGGCGACGAAUGUGUACCAAAUAAUGAAACAGUUGCUUGGAGGGUUUCCGAUGCUGGAACCAAACUGGGACGAGGCAUCGCUAACAGAUGAAAAGUUUUGGACGGCAAUCGGUACGCUGGAAUUGCAUUACGGUAUGGCAUCACUGUUACAAUCGAGUUAUCGAAUCCGACCAGGCAACCAUUAUAACUCGCUUCAUGAUGAUUCAAUUGUUCAUCAUUUGCAGCUUCCGUUGAUGAUGGCUCGAGACUACUAUGUAAGACCCCAAUUCCUUGACUACUUGAAUAAUUAUUUGAAAGACUUGAUAGAUACGACAAAGCAGUUCAAAGCGGACAUCAAAUCGACAGUACCGGAUGAAGAUAUUGUUAAGGAAGCUACGGAAGCGACUAGGCUUGAACUGCAGUUGGCGAUAGCGUCAGUCCCAAGAGCAUUACUUCGAAAUUACGAACAACAAUACAAUCCCUACAAAGUAAAGCAACUGAGAGAGGCGUAUCCUUCGAUUGGAUGGGAUGCGUACUUCGCCGCUCUGUUGGGAGAGCCUGUCGAUCCCGAUGCUGAAUACAUCAUCGAUCAACCGUCUUACUUCGGCACCUUGAAUACGAUUCUGGCUGGUAAACAGUUCUCAAAACGAACAUUCGUUAAUUUCGUUGCUAUGCGUUUCCUGGAAAGCAAUCUAGACUUUCUGAAAGACGGUGCGAAACAAUAUGCAAAACUCUAUGAGACCAUUCAAGAAGCGAAACCAGAACCGAAAAAGGUCUUUAGUUCAGACAGCUGGGAGGAUAAAGCCUAUGGUUGCGUAAGGCUUACGGAAGACUUAAUGCCGUAUGGAAAUGGAUAUGUUUACAUCAAGGGUGUCAAUGAAACCUUGCGAAACGAUAUAAUAAAGGAUGUUGAAAAGCAAACUAAUUAUGUUAUUGAUGAGUUCCUCAAAAUGAUUUCUACACUGCCAUGGCUUACGCCCGAAUCGCUUAAAGCCGCGAAGGCAAAAGCACAUGGCCUGAUAAAGAACUACGGAUGGCCGUAUUGGUUCGAUUUCACAAAUCCAGCACCAGUUGACGAAUAUCACAAAAAUUAUGACAAUAUAUUAAAAAUGAAUGAUUGGUGGGAUAUCCUGAAUGAAUUGCAGUACGCAUCGCAAUUAACCGAAAACUUUGGUAAUCUCAAGAAGAAGCCGGACAGGCGAAACUUCUUGCAAUCACCGGCUGCUGUGAACGCGUGGUAUCAACCGGGGCUGAAUUCGAUAACGAUUCCAUUCGCAGAGCUCAACCCGCCCUAUUACAGGUAUGAUUUCCCGCAAGCAUUCAACUACGGCGGUGAGGGGGGUACAGCUGGUCAUGAGUUGACACAUGGUUACGAUGAUGAAGGCGUACAGUUCGGACCGCAGGGGGAAAUGUCGAAUUGCACAUGGGACCAUUGUGGAUGGAUGGAUACUAAGUCAACGCUCGGUUUUAUCAAUAUGGCACAAUGCGUUGUGUCACAAUUUUCCGAGAAAUGUUGUCCGCUGAAAACGGGUAAUGUUCAUUGUGCAAGUGGUGAGCGAACCCAAGGAGAGAAUAUCGCUGAUAUCGGAGGACAAUUAGCAUCGUAUAAAGCAUAUCGCCAUUACAUCCAGGUCGAUAGAAAAGGUGUUGAAGAGGACAGACUGCCAGGUUUAGAGCAGUUCUCACCCAAUCAAAUAUUUUGGAUCACGUAUGGCUACUCGUGGUGUAUGAAAACCACCGAUAAGUAUCUCACACGUCAGCUCAUGACGAACCCGCACUCACCAGGUGUAUGUCGUGUUAAUCAGGUCAUGCAAGAUAUACCGGAAUUCGGACAAGACUUCAACUGCCGUCGUGGUGCAGCCAUGUAUCCUCCGAACGACGAACGAUGCCACGUUUGGACAGGGCAGUAA